AUGACCUGGAAAGCAUGCCCUCAGCGGUACGAAGAGCUUUUGCAAUCGUCAGUAGCAUCAUCAUCAUCGGCGGCAGCACCCGAGCAGGCACUGGAAGCACCUAUAGUACCGCCAUCGGGAUCGCCAGAGCAUGCAGGAUCAGGUGGAGAUGGUCCCGGUUGCAUUGUCGUUAAUGUCGGUGGCAUGAGUAGCAGAGCGCCAGCAGUGUCGCUAGCAGCGCCAUCAACACAGGCAGGGGCGGGGCCUUCAUUAAGAUAUGAUGACCCCCGAGCUAUCUAUCAGAGAUAUGUUGUCGCUCGAGACACAUGGUACAAGGCCCAACUCAGUGAAAGUGUUAAAAGCAAUCAAAAAUAUAGGAAGGCGAUGGGUCUGCCUCUACGAUACGAUAAAGCGAGCUACCAGUGGUGCCUAGACUGGAAGCAGAUGGGUGCACGCUCGUACCAAGGCCACUCCAGAUUGAUUGAGGACCAUCCUAUCGGAAGCCAUCUCGACAUUUUUCGCGAUUCUUUCACCUCCCUCUGCAAAGACAGAACCAUCUUUCACUCGCCUGAUCCGCUUGCCCACUUUACCCAUGAAGAUAUCCAGAAUCUCGCUCUCGAUCUCCUUUCCUUUCUGCGAAAACUCCCCGUCAUUCUCUUAUUGCAAUCAAAGACAGGCCACGGCCCCCUCCGAAACGAUCUCCUUAAACUCAUUUCUGCUGUUGCCUCCAAUGAGUUCGAUGUUAACCGCGUCAAACCCUUGUUAAAAUCCGCGCUCGCUGAUGAGCUAGACGAUGCCCUCAUCUGGAAACAUCUCUACGACGCUGUCACGGAAUCCACCCCUCCUCCCCGGCCAAUACCUUCGUCAAUCCAACAAACGCCGUUGAGUCAGAACACGGGCGGCCUGGUGAACUCAUCAGAGUUCCGCCAGGAUGUGGACCCGAUCCUUAAGUUGGAGCUCGGGCCACUCUAUGCUGGACUUCCUAAUUCCACAAAGUUUUCUUUGGAGACGUGUCGGACCUCGACACGGUCUCUGAGACCGUUUUUCGUCGGUGUACCGAAGGAGAGCGACGUGUUGGCUUGGUUUGGUGGCAUAAUCCCGAAGCUGGAAUCCUUCGUAAGCGACCGCAUUUCGACUCCAACGACUCGGCGAAAACUGUUGGCGCAGCCCAGGACUCCCUUGAUUGGCUCCACAGGCAAACGCAGUAUGGAUAUCGGCUUUGUUAAUAGUAAUAUCACAUACAACCCUGACUCUGAAGAUUCAAGAUAUCGCUGGUCACACAUCCUCGUUGCCGGCGAGCUGAAAAGCAACCCCAAGGCGGACACAGCGUCGAUUGCAUGGAUUGACCUUGCAAGGUAUGUGAGAGAAGUUUUCGGCGCCCAGGAGACCCGUCGCUUCGUACUGGGCUUUACAUUCUGCGGGCCUCUGAUGAGGGUAUGGGAGUUCGACCGGCUUAGGGGGAUCGCCUCCGAACAAUUUGACAUUAACAGCAAGGAUGAACAUUCGGCGACCAGCAAUAUAUCGAUAUCGAACGAAACGACAAAAAGAGAGCGUCUCAUCAUUGACGAGGUCAUGAAGCGAGCAUGUUGCGUUGCUGGUCAGGCGACAAUCUGUUGGAGAGCAUAUCGCAAGGAGGAUCCGCAGACGCCGCUUGUUAUCAAGGACUCAUGGCAAUAUACGGAUGGGGACGAAGAAGGCGAACUCCUCCGAGAGGCGACUCAGAAAGGUGUUGCUAACGUUGCCCGAUAUUACCACCAUGAGACCGUUCGCGUACGAGGUUCCAAUGACGACAUUCAACAAAACAUUCGAAAGGGCCUGGACGUCACGGAAGCCGCGAAUUAUCGGCCAGGACGUGCGAAGCUGCAGUCUAGUACGAACGUAUCUAUUUCCCGCAAAGGGCGAAGUACCAGCGCUGGCGUGAAGCGGCCAUCCAGCGAUGCUAACGCCACUCUACCGCCGAUUAAGCGAUCCUGCCCAACGUCUCCAACAAAGGCAAGCGGCGAACGACCACCAAACCGGGUGCACCGGCGAGUUAUUCUUCGCGACUAUGGAAAGCCAAUCUACAAGGCAAGCUCCGCCGUGGUGCUGCUUUCUGCGCUGGAAGGCUGCGUCGAGGGACACGAGUUGUUGUACAAUGCCGGUCUUCACGGGGACAUUUCUAUUAACAACCUCAUGGUGAAUGAGGAUGAUAGUAACCCUUCCUGGCGAGCUUUUUUGAUUGACCUAGACCUUGCUAUAAUUGAGGAACGAGUGAGUGCAUCAGGAGCCAAGGGAAAGACGGGCACGAGGGCUUUUAUGGCAAUUGGGGCGCUUCUCGGCGAGCAGCAUUCCUUCAUGCACGACCGCGAAUCAUUUUUCUGGGUGUUAUUCUGGACAUGCAUUCACUGCAACGGACCGAACGAAAGCGUAGUCGUGCCAAGGUUUGAGAAGUGGAAUUAUGCCGACACGAGGGAGCUAGCCGAGCUCUAA